ACCAUCAUAUUAAUAUGUUACCCUCAAGUUAACGCUCCAGAUCAAUAAAAUAUAAUAAAAUGUGCUCCAUCUAUUGCUUCCCUGAUGAUAUAACCUCACAGUAGACCUAUCUGUAAAAUAAUCAUAUUUAUAAUAAGUCUUUAUCAUUGCUUCUGUAUUUAGACUAAAGGACACCAAGUGGCAAUAACAGCACACAAUGGAAGAUGAUAAAGCAUUAAGGUGUCUCCAAAAUAAAAGGCCAAAGUUCACCAUAGGAAGUGUGGGGCCAUACAAUCUACAAGUGGAAAGUUUUAAAACUUUAAUGGAGGACAACGAGGUUUCUGACGAGGUCAUGGAUUCCAUAUGUAAUGUCCUUAGCAAGGAUCACCCAGGGGUUGUGCAUGUAAAUUCUCAGGCACUCACAAAAAUUCUGGACGGAUCAAAAAGGGCAAAGAGCCAUUAUUUUCUCAAGAAUAACAUUUUUAAAGGGACAACAGAGAUGUUUGGCGCUUAUCUCGAGGGUGGCAAUCACUGGAGCUUUUUUCAUUGCAAUGUUGACAGAAGGUGCAUCACCUACUUCAACUCCUUUGGAGAGACAGAGUGGCAGUGCCAAGCAAUUGCUCAACACUGGAGUGCAUUCGCAGCUUCAAGGGGAGUGAAAGGAGAGUGGAACAUUAAAACCACAAAACACAAUUUGCAAACUGAUUCCGUGUCAUGUGGUAUCCACACACUUGCAUUUGCCACUGAAUUCAUGAAGUCUGGUGGCUGCAUUACCUCCUUCCAGUGCCCUGCAAUACAACAAGAGAGAAUGCGCCUGGCCUCACUUUUGUUUCAGUCUUUAGAUCGAACAAAAAAAUGUGGAAUUUGUGCCAAAAAUGUUUCAGGGAGAAAGACAGAGUCAUGUACCUGUGGGGCAGUGAUGCAUGUAGAGUGUGCAGCCACACACAUGUGCUACAUUUGUCAAGCUGACCCAGACCUGUUAGGCCAACCCUCUGGAUCCGCAGAAGGCUUUGUACUACAACAGGGUUGGCAAAAAAGAUGUUCCACCCAAUGUGCUGCAGCAGCCUAGAAAGGCAAAGACAAAGCUGACAAUAUUCAGCACUUUAACAGAGGGAGAGGCAGAAGACCUAGCCAAGGGGUUUGGCACGGCACUGGCCAAACAUGUCCCGAAAGAGAAACUACUUGCUGGAAUACCCGAAGAGGACAUGCCAGCAACACUGAGGAGCAUUGAACAAAUGAAAAGUAAUGUGGAAAACCUUGGUCCUGAAUCUGAGCUGGAUUUGGCCACCCACCGCUUUGGGCCUACAGCAGCUGAGGUUUUCUUUUCCUUUUUAGAGGACUCGAUGAAAUGAACAGUACCCAUGUUCCUGCACACAUGUUCUAAUGUGGCUGUUAUCAGCUUAUUUCUAAACAAAAAAGAAAAGUUCAUUACUUUAUUUGAUAUUUGACAAGGCUUUUAUUUUCAUAGUCAAUUGUUUUAUAGUAACUUUUACUAGAUUACUGGAGGACUCAUAGUGGAGAACAAGUACAAUGUUUGAUAAAAUGGCAAAACUGCAUUUGAAUAAAAAGUACUUUUCAAACCUUA